AUGGCCCUGGCUGGAAGCUCCCUUCCUCAAAUCCCGAGCCCGUCCUCCGGCCGCGCUGUGUACUGCUCCGUUGCGCCGCCGGAGGACGGCGACCUGGAGGCGGCGGCGGCUGCGGCGCGAGAUGUGGUGUGCUUUGGGGCCGGGAGCCUCGACGAGGUGGGGUGCAGGCUGGACCGGCUGGGCGUCCUGGCCACCGCCGUCUCGCCGGCCCUGGUCGGGCGCGUGAUCGACUCGUGCCGCGAGAGCGGCGAUUCCGGCAGGAGGCUGCUGCGUUUCUUGGCCUGGUGCCGGUCCAAGAACCCCGAGGCUGUGACUGACGAUGCCCUUGAUCGGGCGGUUAGGGCAUUGGCUCGGGCCGGGGACCUCACUGCCAUGAAGAUCGCCAUCGAUGAAGCAGAGAAGGAUAAAAGGAGGAUGGAACCGGAGACGUUCACCGCUGUGGUCGAGGCUCUCGUCAAGGCGGGGAAGGAGGAUGAGGCGGUCCGGCUGUUCAGAGGCCUGGAGAGGCAGAGAUUGCUGCCUGAGCGUGGUAUCGGUGUCGGAGGGGAUGGCGUGUGGUCGAGCAGCCUUACCAUGGUUCAAGCGUUGUGCAUGAGGGGCCAUGCUCGUGAGGCGCAGGGUGUUGUGUGGCAUCAUAAAAGUGAGCUAUCGGCAGAGCCCAUGGUUAGCAUCAUUCAACGUAGCCUCCUCCAUGGGUGGUGCAUUCAAGGGAACGCUAAGGAAGCUCGGAGAGUCCUUGAUGAUAUGAAGUCUUCAGGUGUUCCAUUGGGCUUGCCAUCGUUCAAUGAUUUUCUUCAUUGUCUGUGCCAUAGGAACCUCAGGUUCAAUCCUUCUGCCCUUGUUCCGGAGGCCAUGGAUGUCUUAGCAGAGAUGAGGUCCUAUAGUGUUACCCCAGCUGCCUCUAGCUUCAACAUAUUACUUUCUUGUUUAGGCCGAGCAAGAAGAGUGAAAGAAGCUUAUAGAAUCUUGUACUUGAUUAGAGAAGGAAAGGCAGGGUGCUCCCCUGACUGGGUUAGUUACUAUCUUGUGAUUAGGGUCCUCUAUUUAACAGGGAGAAUCAUUAGAGGGAAAAGGCUUGUAGAUGCUAUGCUUGAAAGCAGGGUGCUUCCCACUGCUAAGUUUUUCCAUGGUCUCAUAGGCGUCCUCUGUGGAAUUGAGCAAGUUGACCAUGCUCUUGACCUGUUCAAACUUAUGAAGAGGUGUCAGUUAGUGGAUGGUCAAACCUAUGAUCUGCUAAUUGAAAAGCUUUGUAGGAAUGGUAGAUUUGAGGUUGGAAGGGAGCUGUGGGAUGAUGCUACAAAGUCUGGUCUUUUGUUACGGUGCUCAGAGGAUCUGUUGGAUCCCUUGAAGACAGAGGUAUUCAGACCAGCUUGUCCAGCACAAAGACUGAGUCCUCAGAGCUAUAAACGCUUGGUCCAAAAAAACAAGAUUAUUGCUGCUGGAGCAAAAAAAAAGGAAACUGCUAUUGCAGCCUCAAGGAAGAAGUAG